GCAGGGCAGGGGAGGGGGGCUGGAUGUGAGGGGCGCCGCUGUCUCCCUCCGCCCCGGUCUUUCUCCCGUCCAUCCCCCCCCAGGUUUCUCCAUCCCCGGCUGCUCGGCUCGGCUCGGGGGGAGGCGCCGCGUGUCUUGGACGCUGCGUCAGCGGCAGCGGGAUGGGGCGAGCGGAGCCGGGGGAGCCGGGCCGGGCAGGCCCGUAGAAGACCCCCCGAUCCGCUGGGGCAGCGCCCAGCACAGAGCAUGGACCGGAGACCCCCCUGAGCUCAGCCCGGAGCAGCGCCGGGGGACCCCCAUCAGCACCGGCAAGCAGGGGGCACCGGGGACUCCCACCACCCCAACUGGAGCCUCGGGACCAGACAUGCCCCCCGCCCCCCACUCCUGCCCCCCUGGCUAACUCGCCCCCGGGCUGAGCAGGAGCCACGUCCCAGGUGCCCUGGGGGGCAACUGUGGGUCUCCCCUCUCUGCUCCCUGUCACGUUCUGCCAUCCCCACCCUGCCAUUCAUCCAGACGCCCCCAAUCCCGCCGCCCUCCACAUCACCCCCAAAUCCAACACACUCGCCGCCCGCCAAGGUGCCUCAGCGCCCCCUGGUGGGCUCCCCCCAUGCCCCCCUGGACCUGGGCCAAGGGAAGAUGACCACUAGCCCCCAGGAGGCCCUGAUCUCCGCCUUCCUGCAGUUCAUCGAGGAGCGGGGCAGCCUGGCCUACGGGGCGCUGAGCCAGACCCGCCGGCCACCCCACGGCGACAUGAAUCUGCUCUACCGCAAGAGCAAGCUGGAGUGGAGACAGCACAAGGACGAGGAGCCAAAAAAGGGCUCCGCCAAGGACCCAGGAGCGGGGAAGAUCCGGGACGUGGCCUCCUUCCGCCGCCACUUCCGGAUGGGCUUCAUGACCAUGCCUGCCUCGCAGGAGCACGCGCCCCACCCCUGCGCUAGCGGCAUGGCGCCCCGCUCCCUCUCCUGCCACUCGGUGGGCAGUGUGGAGAACGGCGAGGGGGCCACCAGUGCCAGGAAGCCCCCGGCCAAGCCCAAGCGCCACCCCAGCACCAAGCUCAGCAUGGCAGGCGAGGGGCGGGUGGCAGAGCCGGCCGGCGGCAAGAAAACCGGGCCCCAGAAGUCAUGCUCCGAGAGCCGGGAGUUGGGGCGCAAGGUGCCCCCCCAGAAGCCUAAGCGGAGCCCCAACACCCAGCUCUCUGUCUCCUUCGACGAGACCUACUCCAGCCGCCCCCUAGUCACCCCCAUGGGCGGGGGGGCACCGCCACGGUUUAGCCGGGCGUUCUCCCACGGCCACGCCAAGGGCUCGGACCCCGAGGACGAGGAGCCUGUCUAUAUCGAGAUGGUGGGGGACAUUUUCCGGGGCACCGGGGCACCCCAGCCGCCGCCGCCCCCAGCAGGGGAGGAGGACUCUGACGAGAGCGAGGCAAUCUACGAGGAGAUGAAGUACCCCCUGCCUGAGGAGGCCAACGGCAUGCCCGUCUCCCCCCACCCGCGCCAGGCUAAGGCGGACAAGGGCAAGACCUCCCCCUGCGACAUCCCCCCGCCUUUUCCCAACCUGCUCCAGCACCGCCCACCCCUGCUGGCCUUCCCCCAGGGCACGGGGCACAAGGGCUACAAAGCGGGCAGCCAGGAGGCCUCCUCCAAACUCCCUGUGCCCUGCCAUGCCAAGGAAGCGCCGGCUGCAGCCCAUCCAUCGGGGCACCAAGCCCUAGUGCCCUCCGGCCGCGCCCGCAGCCACUCCACUCCCCUGCCCCCACAGCCCACUGGGCAGCAGAAGGCGGAGAAGGAGCUGCCCAGUUCCCACAGCAUGAUCUGCCCCCCGGCCAAGCCGCUGCCCUCUAUGCUGCCCGUGCCCCAGCCGGCCAAGGACAAGCCGGCCGUGUCCUACACCAUGGUGUACUCGGCCGUCAAAGUCACCACCCAUGCGGGGCUGCCGGCCGAGCAGAAGACGGAGAAGGAGAUCUCGGUGCUGCACGGGAUGCUGUGUGCCCGGCCAGCCACCGUGCCCGCCGGCAAGCCAGCCCAGCGCCCUGAGCCGCCCCUGGGCAUGCUGUGGACUUACCCAGCCCCCUGCGGGGGUAUGAAGCGCCCGCCGGCCUACGAGAGCGUCAAAGGAGCCGGGGCCAAGGCCGUGCCGCCCGUGAUGAAGUUCCAGCUGCAGGACCGCGGGGCAUUCGCCAGCAUGGCCUGCUCCCAUGUGGUGGCUGGCGCCGACGAGGAGAUGCUGGGCGUGGGUUGGGCGCUGCAGAGGAAGGGACUCUACAGCAACCGGAAAGGCAAAGAGCCAGAGAAGCCCGCGGAGGGCGCCCAGGUCUGGAACGGCAGUGGCGAGGUGCAGCUGAAGCCGGACAGGGACUUGAAAGCCCUGGUAGGGACCUCGCUGUCGGGGAUCCCCGUCCGGGCCCCGGGACCCGAGGGGAUGGUGCCCAAGAUGCCGGGCUGCCGAACGGGGCUGCCUGUGCCAUGUCAGACCUUCCCUGCCUGCCACCGCAACGGAGACCUCACCGGGGGUUACCGCCUGGGCCGGUCAGCUUCCACCUCUGGGGUGCGACACACCGUGAUUCACACGCAAAGGCUGUGCAGUCACCCCAAAGACGCAGCCAGCCUGGGCCUGCCGCCCCUGCCCCUGCCCCUGCCCGGGGUGGCGCCAGGUGCCCAGGAGCGGGACGGGAAGCUGCUGGAGGUCAUCGAGCGGAAGCGCUGCGUCUGCAAGGAGAUCAAAGCCCGGCGCCGGCCCGAGCGCAGCCUGUGCAAGCAGGAGAGCAUGCCCACCCUCCCCAGCUGGCGCCGCACCACGGACAGCCGCAAGGGUGGCACGCCGCCCUGCCGGCGCCAGCAUGCGGUGCUGUGGGACACGGCCAUAUGACGCCGGGGGCACGGCCAGCAUGGACCUGCCACGCCCCCACUGCACUGCCUUGGGCUGGCCGGGGACAGCAGAGGGGGUGAAUUGCUGGCUGUUGACCCGUCCGCUCUCCUGUGGGGGCGACCCCGCGGUGCCCUCGGCUGGAAAGAGCCGGUUGGCCAAGCUGGGGAUGCUGGACUGCGAGCGAGGCCUGGAUCAGAGGUGAAGUGGGAGGGACACCCAGCGGUGAUGGACCAUCGCCCCCUUUCUGCUGCCCCUGGACUGGAUCUGGGGUGGGGGUCACAAUCAGGUGUUACCGGUGCCAGGCGCACCCACACCGCUGCCUUUCCGUCAUCGUAAGGGGAAGAGGGACAAGACUGGGGUGACCAGGUUUGAUGGUUGGGGUCGGGGGGAAAAAUCAAAGCUCUCCGGCGGGGUUACUGAUCCCCGCCCUCUGCCCCACUGACCCCCCAACGCCUCCCCUUUGGCCCCACAGUGGGUACAGUCCUCCUCAGCCGCCAAGUCCCGUUAACGUUUUUAGACACACGGCUGGACCGACUUGGGAUGCUGGCGCGCUCUCCAGACCCCAACUGCUGCGGGGCGAAGGGAUGGACUACCGCCAGGAUGCCUGGGUUCUGCCGCCCCCUUGAUAUAUUUAAGUAACCUGCCGGGAUGGGGGGGGCUCUCUCAAGUGUAAUGAGAUGAUGAAAAUGCUUUGCAAAAUAUUUAUGCUGGGGCGGGGCUCGGGGGGGGGGGCGGGUAAUUUAUAUAGACAAAUAAAGCAUAAAGCAGGGUUUUCCGUUCCAGCUGGAAUGCUUCCUUUCUGCCCCAAUCUAUUUCAAAGGCAAACGAUUUGCUCCAGGGGUGGUGGUCCGGUUUUAGUUCUGGGUUGGUCAGGGGCCAGUUUAGAACGGGGUUUGUCUCUCUUCCGGACGAGGUUUCAAAGGAGAAGUUGAAACUCCAGGAUCGGAGGAAUAGAUGUAAAGCAGAGGGUUAUUUUAAAUGCACCUUGAUUCACUGCUCUGUAGUGGACGGUUGGGUAGUGGUUACAGCAGCGGGGGCUGGGAGCCAGGACUCCUGGGUUCUCUCCCUGGCUCUGGGAGGGGAGUGGGGUCUAGUGGAUUAGAGCCGGGGGGGCUGGGAGCCAGGACUCCUGGGUUCUGUGCCCAGCUUUGCCCGUGGCGGACUGUGUGACCUCAGGCAAGCCACUUUCACUGCUCUGUGCCUCAACUUCCCCUGGACAGGCCUCAGCUAUGCCACUGUGGAUGCAAGGCCCACAUGGCCAGAUCUCCCACUCUCUGCCCGUUCAGCACACAGGGCAGCACUCUUCGCUAGCCCCACUAUCAGACAGGAGCACGCGGCUUCGCUUUGACACACGCAGAGAGCAGGACAUGGAGGCUGGCCCCACUGAUCCUCCCAGCCCAUGACACACUUCACACUCUGGCCACAUCUUCACUAGGAGGUGGUGUUCUGAACACAUGGGCGGCUCCGAACACGUGCUAGCAGUCAGCUGGGCCUGGGGCGGAGCCUAGGGGUUGGAGUGUGAGCUGCUAACACACAUGAAAUGCACAAACAGCCACCUCUCCACACACCAGAGCACUCACCUCGUUUCCUAGAAGAGCAGGUAGGCAUCAAAAAAUCUAGCCCCGGGGCUGUGCUUCAGAGAGAAUCCACAAUCCCAGCUCCACGCCCCUUCCGGGAGGACCUGCUCAGCGGUUGCCCGAGGGACUGGUUUUUCCAUCCAAAAAUGCUGUACUUCCCACGAGCAGGCGUCUGGUUGGAUGACAUUUCCUUUCCGGUGUUUGGGUGAGGCCAGGUAGUGCAACCCUUGGAGUUUUCAAUUCAAAUUGUUUUAUUUCAGCUUAGAUUACACGUGAUCGUCAUCUGUCAAAAUAAACUUGAAAUCAAUGUUUCUACUUUAGCUAGACAGAUUUUUAAAAAUUUAGAUAUUAGUAACUAGAAUAAUAUAAUCUAACAUUUUAAAAAAUUUUGUAGCUAAAAUAGGAACACUGUUUCAAUUUUGACUUUUUGUGUUUACAUAUAACAACUGUACAGUAUGUCAGAUAAUUAUAAACUUAUUUCAAUCUAAUUUUUAGCUCAUAUAAUUAUAUAUAAUGCUAUUUAUAAUAUACUAUAAAUUAUAAUAUUUAAACAAAAAGGCCAAAGUCAAACAAAAUGUUUUCUUAUUUCAGAUUAUAAUAGGUAUUAUAAAUAAGGAUUCGAUAUUUAUUGGUAAAUGUUGGUCAACAUCGAUUUCACCAGACACAAACAAGCCAAUGAAAAAAUAUUUCCAUCUAUGAUAGUCAAAAUUUACAGAUAGACAAAGUGAGAAAAAUGCUACUUGAGAAUUUAUUCAAGUUAGAAGGUAUUUACUUUGUAUAUUUUCACGUGAUGUUGACAAUUUAUGUUUUAACAGUUAUAAAGCUUUAACUUUUUGAAUCUCAACCGCUACUGUCAUUAAUUAUUGUCUGACCCCCCCAUUAUCUUAUCCUCCAUAAUUUCUCACAACCGUGAAAAUUUAGAGCAAUAAACAUUGAAAAAAUAAUCCAUAAUUUUGUGUAGUUGCGAACAUUUAAACCAAUAAUAUAUAAAAAUGCCUAAAAAAACAUAUUAUCUGUCAAAAUUAUUAACAAAUAAAAAUGGAAUUCUCCCAAGCCUACAUGUAAUUUAUGAUCGAAUCUUAAAUAAAAAUGGUUUCAAUCUGAUCUUUUUCAAUUUUAGAUUGAACUAUCAAUUUUAAUUCUAAAAUACUAUUAUUAUUUACGAUACGUUCUGGCUUUUUUCAAUUUUAGACUAAUUACAAAUACAGCAUAAAUAACAGCAUCAUAAUUAUUUUAUAAAUGGUGUUAACUCUGAAACAGUCAGGUUGAAAUUAAAUGUUUUCAUCUUCGAUUCUCUAAAUUGUAAUUAUAGAGAUGUUUUAUUGUUCUAGAGUGUAAAUCGUAAUAUGAAAAAAUCAAAAGUCAAAAUUGAAACAAACAUUCCCGUUUUAUCAUAAUGAAAUGAUUUCCCCAAGCUUCACUUAGCAGGGAAAUUAGAAAGUCUUGGUUUUCAUUCUGAUCUGGAAGGAAAAGGGAUUUCAGAAUGACCAAAUUUCCCACCGAACGAAAAUCGUGCUUCCUGUGGGUGCCCAGCGCAGGUGCCUCGGGGCCUUGUGUCUGCCCUCACUCCAUUCCUAUCCCGAAGGACAAGGCGAGGAUUCGUGCUACCAUAAUCCCCCGCCCCACACACAAGUGUUACAUCCGACAUUAGAUGGAGGGAUUCCAUCACUCCAGCCUUAUCUUGCCACAUGUAGGCAGCCAUACAAACAAAAGCCAAUGUACAUUGUUACGCUGGCAGCAUUAUGAAGAGGUGACUUCUUGAUUUCUCUUUGCAUUUCUGGAGCAAGGGAGGUGGGUUUCAUACUCCGGACUCCUGGGUUCUAUCCCUAGGUCUGGGAGGGAAGUGAUAACUAGUGGUUAGAUCAGUGGGGUGCUAGGAGUUAGGAUUCCUGGGUUUUGCCCCCAGCUCUGGGAGUGAGUAUGGUCUGGUGGUUACAGCAAUUGAGAUGGGGACUCAGGACUCCUUGGUUCUAACCCAGCUCCACCCCUGCUUCACUGUGCAACCCCCAGCAGGUCGCUUCACCUCUUGGUGCCUCGGUUUCCCCUCUCGCCGCACCACAGCACUGGCGAGGCCUGACGUCUGUCCCUACAGUGCUUUGGGAUCCAGAGACAAGUGAAGGAUUACCCUUCUUUCCAGCUAGCCUAGGCAAGUUGCUUUGCCACUAUGCUGGGGCGUGGUCCCUGCCGAGGGAGCUCCUGAGGCUGUAGAACAAAGGACAAUGACAAUGGAUUUAAAGUAGGGUCACUGAAAAAACAAACACACACGUGUGUUGCCAAAAACCAAGAUUCCAAGUGUUGAAUUGCCUCUGUAUUUAGGAUUAUUUAUUUUGGGGGCAGGCGUAUUUCUUUUGUAAAGUGAUUCUGUGCACUAUUAAAAGAGAAAGCAGCUAACUACCCUCUCUG